AUGGACUUUGAAAUGCGCGCCGCCCAUCUUCCCAAGGAAAGCCAAGGCCAGGCCCAUGUGACGGAAAUCGGGUCCGGGCACCGCGGUCGCGAUCGCGAUGCUGCCAUGCUGGCCGUCAUGGGGAAAAAGCAGGUCCUCAAGCGCAAUUUCGGAUUCCUCUCCAUGCUGAGCUUCAGCUGCACCAUCCUGGGGACCUGGGAAGGCGUCCUAAUCAUCUUUGCAUCCGGAUUUCUAAAGUGA